AUGGCAUGCCUGCUCCUCCCCGUCUCCGUCCCUAUCCCAGUCCCCAUCUCCGCUAGCAUUGUGCUGCCGUCAUCGUCGGCCGCAGCGUCCGCGUCCGCGUCGCUGUGCCCGCCACGCAAGGACAAGAAGGACAUCAUUAUCCAAAUUCCCCUGUGCCAUCAAGAACAUUUGGGCAAUGUCCUGCAUCUCCUACUUCAUGGCAGGAUGAUUCGCGAAGCUCAAGCUCACCCCAACCUCUUCCACUUCCUCCAGGCUCCCCAUGCCUGCCUUCCCGUUCUCUACAGUGGAAGAAGGGGAAUGAAGGCAGGUCAAAUGUGUGCAAUUAAAGAGGUUAAGGUCAUUUCAGAUGAUUCUAACUCAAAAGAGUGCCUCAGACAGCUAAAUCAGGACGGCGACGAGGACGUCGCUGUCUCCGACAGGAAGACAGGCGGACGCGAUCUGCUCGGCCAUCUGGGUCGCCGGGGACGGGGUGUCCAGGGACGCCAUGCCGGCCUGGAGAUCCCCGAGCACCGCCUCGAGCGCGCCCCGCCAGACGUGGUGCUACGUCACCUGCGGGCAGACGGCCCAACCCAUCCGGCGUCUGCCUCCAAGGCGAGCCCCGCCUCGUCUUCCCCUCCCGCCGAGGCUCCACCGGAGGCUGCGGCGAAGCAUGACCCCCACCCCGCCGCGGCCGCCACCGCCACCGCUGCCUCGCCGGCGGGGUUCAUCUUUAUGUGCAACGGCGCAACGAAGCCCGAAUGCUACCGGCACAGGGUGCUCGGCCUGCCGCACGGGAGGCUGGAUGCGGUCUCCCGAAUCCGACGCGGCGCGGCGGUCUUCCUCUACGACUUCGACGCGAGGUACCUCUACGGGCCCUACCAAGCUGACUCCGAUGGAGGGCUCCACCUCGUCCCCGCCGCCUUCCACGGCCGCUUCCCCGCGCAGGUCAAGUUUAAGAUUGAUGGUGAUUUCAUGCCUCUCCCUGAGAGUAGCCUAAGAAGUGCCAUCAAUGACAACUAUGUCAAUGGGAUGUUCAACCCAGAGCUUACUGGUACACAAGUUGAGAAACUGAGGGCACUAUUUCAGCCAAUUACUUUACUUCCUGAAUCAGCACCCCCACAUGAUGUUGAUAACAGGCCCCACCCCCACCUGGUGUUGAUAACUGGCCCCCACCCCCACACGAUGUUGAUAACUGCCCCCCUGCUCCUCCUCUUCUACCUCCUUCAGCUAACCCCGCACAACCACCUGCUUAUGCGCAUCAUCCAACUCCCUAUAUUGCUCCUCAGGAUGCUCAUUCGAUGCCACCUGAAGCCUAUCCACCUCCAUGUCCUUACCUGCCUCCGACUGCUCCAGAGCCCCCUAUUAUGGGUCCGGUUGGGGAUUCCCCAGGUGAAUCAACCCCAGGAUGCUGGCAGCAGGGCUCAGGUCAAUUGUGUCACAACUGCGCCAGGGCAACAGUGA